ACAGACCACAGUAAAUACACACAAGCAGAACCAGGAAAUCUGUCAACGAAGAUAACGACUUUCCUAACCACAAACAGAACUGAAAAGCUACCUAAUGUGUUCAAACUGUAGAUAGAUGUAAGGAAUGAUGUGAACACUGCAUUUGCUAGAGUGUAAGUAAAGGAGGGGUAGCUUGGACUAACGUGCUAGUUAAUGACAGAAGGCUAGCUGUUGCUAACAAGCUAAAGACUGGAACAUGGCAAGUCUCGGCAAAUCAACAAGUAAAGUUUCCAGGAAAGAAACAAGACCGCGAUCUCCGCCAGAUCGGAAGCGUGUGAAGGCGUCUGAGGAGUUUAAUUCGGUGUCAGAGGAGCAGCCACCGAGCCCCACUCUAAAGAGAGACGACAUCCAGGCCCUCAGCAUCAGACAAGAGGACCUGGACAAGCUUCGGAUUCCCCAGCCCCCCAAGGACUCCAACAAGCCCCCAGCGAUGACACGCGUGUUGGUCAGAAAGACCCGCCCCCCAGACCAAACCAGGAAGGAGAUAGCCGUUUCUGUGGCGAGGCCCCUCCCACAGAACUCCAUCCCCCAACCAUUGGAGUACACAGGGCCUGGUGGACCUCGCUUUGACUCUCAGGGCAUGAUUCUACCCCAUAGCAUCCUGGGAAAGCUGGAGGACUUCAAGAGAGACAUGGAGGCCAGGGGAGAGAUGGAUCUGGUUAGCCGUGUACCUGCCCCCCAGGACCAACUCUCCCAAUUGGCUGGAGAACACGGUGGCGAGUCAGAGCGCACGCCCCAUCCCUGUGACCAUGGCAACUUCCAGAGCCACGCCCUGCAGCACUGGAAUGACUGCAUGUCUGAGAGGUGGCGACAGCAGGACUUCAUCUCCCGGCUGCUGCAAAGGCCAGUGAAGCAGCUGCUGAUGAACCAGUCCAACCUCUAUAGGCAGACUCAGGAGCAGAGGGAGCUCAUCAGCAAAGGCCUGCCAGCCCUGCACUCUGGACACGGUUAUCGAGUGGGCAGUGAGUUCUGGAAUCUGCCUCAGCGCUAUGGCGACGAGAUAAGCGGCAUCACCGCCACACUGACCCAGACGGAGAGAGGGGACCCGCCCCCCAUCACGCACGUCGCUCAGCCGCACACCAUACGCCAGCAGUCAGGCAAUGUAGCCCCGGAGGUGUCUGUGAGUCGUACGUGGGACAGCAGUCUGUACCUCAGGCAGCGCCGCGAGGAGCUAAAGGACGUGCUAAGAGAGCUUGACUUCAACCAGCCGGAGAUUGACGGUCUGGAGGUCAUUGGCUCUGGCCGCCCGUUCUCCUCGGUGACGGUGAAGCGCUCGGCCCUGCUGGGAGGAGGGAAACAGGGGGAUGAGCAAGAGGCCAUGGAGGAUGAGAGCGGAGAGGGGGAUCACAAGGAGAACAAGGAUCCACUGUCCAAGUAUGAUGAUGUGCUUUUGGAUGCAGUGUUGGUUCCCGCACUUAGCUUCUGUGGGGAGCUGGCACUUUGGACUGGUAGCCCUUCUUCGCACAAGGGCGAGGUGGGCAUCAGCGCGUGUGUGACGUUCGAGGCGGUGACUGGGGAGAGUGUGAGCUCUCACAUCGAGCUGGAGAACCACGGCAGCACGGCCAUCUACUACAGCUGGCAGAAGAUCCCACACACACACAGCUUCGCCGAGGUCCGCGCCGCGCGCACACACACACAGUGCUUCUACUUCAACACCACCAUGGGUGUGAUCCUGCCCGGUGAGCGUCAGCGUGUGCUGUUCACCUUCAAAAGCGCCCGCGCGGGCAUCCUGAGUGAGCUGUGGCACCUCAACACACACCCCGUGCUGCUCGGGGGCGCCGCCCUGCAGGUCACGCUCCGCGGGGUGGCACUCUACCAGGACAUCAGCGCACCGCAGAGACACGCCCUGCAGAUGGAGAUCCAGCACAAAGAGGCGGUGUCUGUGUGUGUGUCUUUGGUAUCUGACCUGCUGCGUGGGAUCCGCACUCCAGAGAGACCCAGCUCUCCUUCCCAACUCUACAACACAGAGGAGGACCACUUCCUCAAUAUCAACCCACAGCUCCACUACCACUAUGAGACCAUCGAGGCCCUCAAGAGCCUGUGGAAGGAAGUGACAUCCUCUGUGCAUUAUGACGUCACAGACGUAGCCACGGAGCCGCAGGAGUGGGACCUCUCAGUGGCCACUCUCCGACAGGCGGUGCUGAGUCUGCCCAGACUGGACUCGGAGGUGGAGGUGGAGGUGGAGGACCUCCGUAGGGAGGAGGCGCUGUCCCAACUCAACACCCUGCUGAUGGUGCUCCACACCCUCCCACAGCCUCCUCCACCUCUCACUCCACACACCGUCGGGCGGCAGCUGUGGAGGGAGCUGGUGGACGGCCUGGAGUCGGAGGCCGUGGGCCUGAGACAGACGCUGGGGAUGCCGGAGCUUAGGACCUGGGGGGAGAGCCAGCAGGACCUGCAGGACGAAGCCUGCACACGAGUGAAGAAGGAGGAGAAGUCUGAGAAGAAAGGGGCGCCCUCGCCAAAGGAGGAGAAGAAGGGAGGGAACAAGGAGAAAGAGGAGAAGAAGGGGACACCUCGGUCCACCCCUGUGAAAGACAAACCUGCUGAGGUGUAUGUGCAGACAGAACGAAUGCUUCUCUCACUAUGGGACUUGCUGGAGGACACACCUCCUAAACUGGACGAGGAUGACCAAGUCCUCUAA